AUGUCGGACGACCGCGAGCGGCAGCUGCUGCAGCAGCAGCAGCAGCAGCGCGCCGACGACAAGACGAGCGUCGUCGCGCAGAUGCGGUGCAAGAUCUUCCUGCAGCAGCACCACUCGGUGUGGAAGAGCCUCGGGACGGGCAAGCUCAAGCUGUUCCACUCGUUGCCGAGCGGCACCAAGCAGCUCGUCGUCGACUCGGACAAGGGCGGCGGCAAGACGGUCAUCUCGACCAUCGUGCUCACCGACGGCGUCGAGCGCGUCGGCAAGACGGGCGUCGCCAUCGAGCUGAGCGACCAGGGCGACCGCACCGGCAUCGUCUACAUGCUCCAGAUGAAGACGGAGCAGUCGGCGACGGGCCUGUUCGAGCAGCUGCUCGUCGGCACCGACCGCGCCAAGCGGUAG